GUUAAAUCUCCAUUUAGGUGUAACUUACUUGACCAAUAAGCGCAAACUGCGAUCGUUCCGCCCUCCCCUGAAUGUUACACACCUCAGUAUUGUGUGAAGAGCAUCGACGACAGGCUUACUGAGAGCGAAGUAAGUAACACACAAAGAGCUGCUUCACAAACGUACAGUGGUCGUCGCAACAUUUUGCCAUUUUAUUAAUUUCUCUCGAAGAGUCCGAUUACGUAGCUUUGGGUUUGGCAACGGAGCAUUUUUAAAUCUACAUUUCUUACGCGCGUCCGAUCAGCACCAUCAGUUCUGAUUUUAGGCUUUGAGUAUUGUUUUGUUUGUUGGAUAUUAAGAAACCACAUACAGAAUGCUCAUUUGCUCCAUUGCUGGGCAGACAGACCCUGCCAGAUGUCGAAACGUAUCUACAAUAUUAGUCAGUUGAUGCGCGAACUAAAUGAGUGAGCGAUGCGCGUACAUGUGAUCUGAGCGUUCAUGUGUGGUCUGAUGAGGAAAAUUAUCAGCAACUUUAAGCUUCAGGUUCUGAAACUGAGCAGAUGAGUAAAGAGAGACUGCGUGGUUCAGAACACGAGCUGCUGGACAGCGCCUGUGGAGAGUUUUUCCUGCAUCUCUACUUUCAGCCACAUCAAGGCUAAAAUGUCUGCCCUUCGGAAGAAAUUUGGUGAUGACUAUCAAGUAGUGACCACCACAACAUCAAGCCACCAGAAAGAUAAGAGGAGAAAGCGCCAACGCUUUGUAGACAAGAACGGCCGCUGUAAUGUCCAACAUGGAAACCUAGGUGGAGAGACCAGCAGAUAUCUCUCAGACUUAUUCACAACUUUAGUAGACCUCAAGUGGCGCUGGAACCUCUUCAUUUUUAUCCUCACGUACACUGUGGCUUGGUUAUUCAUGGCUUCGAUGUGGUGGGUCAUCGCUUACAUCAGAGGGGACUUGAAUCGAGCACACGACGAGAAAUACACACCAUGUGUGGCCAACGUCUAUAACUUUCCUUCAGCUUUUCUCUUCUUUAUUGAGACAGAGGCCACCAUAGGAUAUGGGCACAGAUACAUCACUGAAAAAUGUCCAGAGGGGAUCAUUCUUUUCCUAUUUCAGUCUAUUCUGGGCUCCAUAGUGGAUGCCUUUCUAAUAGGCUGUAUGUUUAUUAAGAUGUCUCAGCCCAAGAAGAGAGCAGAGACAUUGAUGUUCAGUGAAAACGCAGCCAUCUCCAUGCGGGACGGCAAACUCACACUGAUGUUUAGGGUUGGAAAUCUACGCAACAGCCACAUGGUCUCGGCUCAGAUCCGCUGUAAAUUACUCAAGUCCAGACAGACGCCCGAGGGCGAGUUCCUCCCGCUGGAUCAACUAGAGCUGGACGUAGGCUUCAGCACCGGAGCUGACCAACUCUUUCUUGUCUCACCUCUCACGAUUUGUCAUGUCAUCGACACCAAGAGCCCUUUUUAUGAGCUCUCACAGCGGUCGAUGCAGACUGAGCAGUUCGAAAUAGUUGUGAUUUUGGAGGGUAUAGUCGAAACAACCGGCAUGACUUGUCAAGCACGGACGUCUUAUACAGAGGAUGAGGUGCUAUGGGGCCACCGUUUCUUCCCAGUCAUAUCUCUGGAAGAAGGCUUCUUUAAAGUGGAUUAUUCCCAGUUUCAUGCCACUUUUGAAGUUCCUACUCCUCCCUACAGUGCAAAGGAGCAGGAUGAGGUACUACUAAUGUCUUCUCCCCUCAUGGCUCCAUGUAUGUGCAACAGUCGGGAGAAGAACAGCUCCCUGGACUGCUUAGAGCUCAUUGAAGAUUCAGAGAGCACCAACAAAUUACCAUACAAAUUGCAGAAGAUGACAGGCAGAGAUGGGCUGCCCAGAAAGCUCCUAAGAAUGAGCUCUACCACAUCAGAGAUGACAUAUAGCCUUGGUGAAUUUCCCAUGAAGCUACAGCGCAUCAGUUCAGUGCCUGGAAUCUCGGAGGAGAAGCAGGUUUCUCAGACAACUAAGAUUGCCACAGAGGCCAUUAGCAAGUCGAUUGCGGACCUCCCACCAAAACUGCAGAGACUGGCUGGAGGGGGAGGAGGUCGUAUGGAUGGACACUUGCCUCCUAAACUCCGAAAGAUGAACUCAGAUCGUUUCACUUAAAAUAUUUCUUAAAAGAAUUAAUAUUUAUUUUCAGUGUAGUCUCAUGAAAAACGUGACUUUCAAAAUAUUUUUGUAAAACGAAAAUAUGUUAUUGCUCAUUUCUAUUUUCAAAUUGAAUGUUCUGUUGAGUUUUAUGUGAACAAAGUAUACCCCAUUCUACAAGAAACCUAAAUGACUGUGUCAGAAAAA